GAAGAAGCAGAGUCAGCAUGGCUCAGCCAGCCCACCACAGCGGGACUCUGGGACAAAGUGCUGCUGCAGCCUGUUGAUCUGAACGAUAACCAGGCACCAUGUCGUGGCUCUUCGGCUGGGGCAGGAGCUCCGGUCCUCCGCCGGCCGACGAUGAGCAGCCAGCGGCGGGGACUGCUGCAGGGACCGGGGCUGCAGGGGGAGCAAAGCCCGGGGACAAGUGGAGUAACUUUGACCCCACCGGGCUGGAGAGAGCUGCAAAAGCUGCAAAGGACCUGGACAAAUCACGACAUGCCAAAGCAGCGUUGGAUCUGGCUCGUAUGCAGGAGCAGACUGUACAGCUGGAGCAUGAGAGUAAAGUGAAAGAAUAUGAAGCCGCUGUGGAGCAGCUGAAGGGCGAGCAGAUCCACCUGCAGGGCGAGGAGAGACGCAAAACACUGGUGGAGGAGACGAAGCAAAACCAGGCUAGGGCACAAUAUCAAGACAAACUUGCCAGACAGAGGUAUGAUGAUCAGCUCAGGCAACAGCAACAUCUCAACGAGGAGAACCUUCGCAAACAAGAGGAAUCGGUUGUGAAGCAAGAGGCCAUGAGAAAAGCUACCAUACAACAUGAAAUGGAGCUGAGGCACAAGAAUGACCUGCUUCGAGUUGAAGCCGAGGCCAAAGCCCGCGCCCAGGUGGAGAGAGAGAACGCAGACCUGAUCAGGGAACAGAUCCGCCUGAAAGCUGCCGAGCACAGACUAACUGUCCUCGAAUCUAUAAAGACGGCAGGGGCGGUGUUCGGGGAGGGGUUCAGGGCCUUCGUCUCCGACUGGGACAAACUCACAGCCACGGUCGCUGGGUUGACCCUGUUGGCAGCAGGAGUGUAUACUGCCAGGAACGCCACGUCGGUGGCCGGGCGAUACAUAGAGGCCCGUCUGGGAAAACCCUCACUGGUCCGAGAAACCUCCAGGAUCACCAUCGCAGAGGCCAUCAAACACCCAAUCACGACUACCAAGCGUCUGAGGAGCAGACCGCAGGAUGCCUUGGAGGGCGUGGUGCUCAGCGCGUCUUUGGAGGGACGUGUGAGGGACGUUGCCAUCGCCACUAGUAACACCCGGCAGAACAGAGGCCUGUACAGGAACAUCCUCAUGUAUGGACCCCCUGGAACUGGAAAAACACUCUUUGCCAAGAAACUGGCUCUCCAUUCAGGGAUGGACUAUGCCAUCAUGACAGGUGGCGACGUGGCACCCAUGGGGCGCGAUGGAGUCACAGCCAUGCACAAGGUGUUUGACUGGGCCAGCACCAGCAGGCGGGGCCUCUUGCUGUUCGUAGAUGAAGCUGAUGCCUUCCUGCGUAAGCGGUCCACAGAGAAAAUCAGUGAGGACCUCAGAGCCACCCUGAAUGCAUUCCUCUACCGCACCGGGGAGCAGAGCAACAAGUUCAUGCUGGUGCUUGCCAGUAACCAGCCGGAACAGUUUGACUGGGCCAUCAAUGACCGCAUUGAUGAGAUUGUGAACUUUGCGUUACCCGGUCUGGACGAGAGGGAGAGAUUGGUGCGCAUGUAUUUCGACAAAUUUGUGCUGGGUCCUGCCACUACAGGGAGACAGAGAUUAAAGUUGGCUCAGUUCGACUAUGGCCAGAAGUGCUCAGACAUCGCGAAGCGAGCAGAAGGCAUGUCUGGUCGAGAAAUCUCCAAACUUGGUGUGGCCUGGCAGGCUGCCGCAUACUCUUCUGAAGAUGGAGUUUUGACCGAAGCGAUGAUCGACUCAAGAGUUGAUGAUGCCAUCAAGCAGCAUGCACAGAAAAUGGACUGGCUGCUGAUGGAAGCAGGUGAGGGGGUUGGCAAGUUCGGUGUAAUCCUCCCGAAGAAAAUGGCCGGAGGACUGGCAUCCCAGGAAGCUGCGUCACUUGCACAAACCGAAGAUACAGCCCCGACGGUACAACAAGUCCUUCCACUUCUGGAGGUUGUGAGCAACGCGGCCCAGGCAGAAGCCCUGCCUUCAGAAGUGGAGGCAGAUGCCAUCCUCAAAGAGGCAGCCGCUUUGGUUAAAGAGAGUGAAGCUGUAGCUGCAACGACUGUAGGAACUCCUGUCUUGAAUGAAACCGUUGAAACCAUUGUUGAGACUGCUGCCGCUGUCCCGCUGGUGCAGGAGGCUGAGGCCAUCAAGGACCUGACUGAGGAGGUUCUUGGCCCAGCUGUCGUUACCGACACCGUCGUUACCGAGGUGAAGGAUAUAGUCACUGAGGUUAAAGAGGCUGAGGGUGUACCAGCUUCCACCGCCCAAGAGAUUGCUGCUGUGAUAAAGGAGGAGCCGACUGCUGAUGUAGCUUCGCAAGAAACUGAGGCCAUUGAAGUAAUCAAGGAGGAAAAGGAUGUUGUAGCACAUUUGGAAAUUGCCACAGAAAAGGAGUUGGAUGCUGUUGUCUCUAACGUUGUCCAGGAGGUCGAGGCUGUAGAAACUGAAGCCAUUAAGGCUGCAGAUGAUGUAGCAUCUGAUGCUGCAAAGGCUGUAGAGGAUAUUGCAAAUAAUGUAGCUGAGGUGUCCGAGUCCCUGGCAAACAUUGCCAAAGAGGCUGAAAUAAUAGCAACUGAUGUGGCCAAGGUGGCUGAUGCCGUAGUAACCAUCACCGAGGAGAUGGGGGCAGUAUUGACGAAGGAGGCUGAAGCGAUGGGAAGCGAUGUUGCCAAGGAACCAACUGAGGUCGUAGCGGAAACUGCUGCCGAACCAUCCGAGGUUACUAAAGAGGUUGAAGUAGUAGCAACCGAUGGCGUCAAGGAGACCGAGAGUAUCGCCACAGAGGUCGUUAAGGAGGUCGAACCUGCGAUGACCGAGACUGCUGCCAAGGAAGCUGAAGUCCUCUCAACAGAGUCUGCCAUUGAGACCGAAGCCAAGGAGCCUCAGACUACUGCCAGCCAGUUUGUUGCAGAGGCUCAGACUUUGGCUACAGAGGUUGCUGACAAGGAAGCCGAAGUCACACCGGCUGAGGUUUCCAUUGAAGCCAAAGUGGAAACAACUAAAGAGACUGACACUUCUGCUACAGAAGACGUACAACUGUCUGAGACUACUGAGGUCGCUGCCGAGGAAGCAGAUGCCAAAACGACUAAGGCUGCGGAUGAGGUAGUGAACGUAGUAAGUGAAGUCACCGACGGGGCGGACUCAGCAGCUGUUCCCAACGUAGAAACCAAGGUUGAUCCGGAACAGUCUGAGAAACUAGAGAGUCCAACCACCGAGAAGUCAGCUGCCUCCCAGACUCCCAGCGCUGAAGAAGCUGAGCCCAGUAAAGCUGAGGAGCCGGUUUCAAAGCAGAGCGGAGAUGACGACGACAAAACAAAAGCCAAGCCUAGCCCGAAGAAAUGAUCACCUGAAAAAACAUCGAUGAAAUGAUGUUGUGUAAUUGUUAAACACUAAACAUUCACCUCAAAUUAUGUCUGCUCUUCUAACAAUAUGUUUGUAACUAAAGUACUGUGACUGCCAACAUGAGGUGUUCAUUUUAUUAUGGCCUGUAUGUUUGUAAGAGUCUGAGUAAAAGCACAUGUG